AUGAGUUCGUUUUCCAACUUUAAUGUAGUUACAUUAGAAAAUGGGAAUAUUUUAACGUCGGAAAACGGCGAGAUAUGUUUACAAAGCAUUUCUGAUGGAAGCUUAUGUUUUGUAAAACCAACGCAAGAAAUAAUAAAUGCUUUUAAUACGCAAUCCUGUGAUGAAGCAGUGGGACAAACAGAUGACAAUUUGGAAACAUCGACAGAAUUAAGUUGUUCAUCAUUUGAUUCCUAUGUAAAAAAUGAAAAUAAACGUAUAAAGUGGUCAAAAAGUGCCAUUUUAAUGUUAAUUGAUUUAAGAAUAAAAUAUGACGAAGAAUUCAAAUCUACUAUCAAUAAAAAUGAGAUAACUUGGAAACGUAUUGCACAAGAAUUAAAACAGAAUGUAAAAGACAAUAGAGGUGACAAAGGUACUGGCGAAGAAGCCCUUGAUUUUCCAUACUAUGAAGAAAUGGAUAACUUUUUAGCAAAAAAACACAACGUUAAACCAAUAGCAAUAGCAGCUUCACUUAGAGGUGAUACAAUGUCUAAUGAACAUAAUGCAGAGGUAUUAGAAGCAGCCCAAAGUUCCAAAGAAAAAGGCAGUAAAGUGAAAUCGAAAAUGGGUAAUAUUCAACCUAAAAAAACAGGCCUUCUCACCAUCUGGGAUGAAAUGAAAAUGACAAAUAAAGAAAGGGAAAUAAACAGAGAUCGUCGGCACCAGGAAAUACUAGCUGUUAGAAACAGGGCAGUCGACGUGUUCAGUGAUAAAAUGAAUUUGCUGUUGGAAAAAUUUAAAAAAUAA